AUGGUCAACCCCUACGUUCUCGGGGGAGCUGCCUUCCCUGAAGAAGACCCGUCCUUCAUGAAUCAGCCUUACAAUGGGUUUGAAGAUGGCCUCGGAGACUCGAAUAGAAUAACGUUCAUCGACCCUGAGCUUCAGACUCCCUCGUCGACUUCCUAUGGCAACCCCUGGGCCGCUCCUGUUCACCAAUCCCUCAAAGAGAACCACGCGGCAUACUUUGUCGGCGAUCUCCAAAGGCGAGCCCCCGGCCACACGCCUCUCCGCCCAGCAAUCAGCCUCCCGCCGGCAUCGUCGUCUUAUGCCCGCUGCCCGAGCCCCCUCUCGUCCAUUGAGCUGUCGCCGCCCGGUAGUGGACUUAGCCCUCCGCCGGAUACCGAGUCGUUCCACGACGGCUACCCCAUGACCCCGCCUGACACGAACUUGCUCUCACCCUUCCCGGGAUUCCUGCCCUUGGAGCCGACCGCCCACGCCAUCCAGUUUACGAGCAUGGGACCCGCCUGCGUGAAUCUCUUCGAAGUCAACUCCACCCAGCAACUAGAGUACAGCGAGAGCGACAACGGAGUCACCGACUUUGACUUUACCCCUGUCCCGAACUACUUCGACGACCACGUCAGCCACGAUCCGGAGCCGCCACAGAGCGCCGUUGGUCUCGAGUUUACUAGCACCUGCGCCAAAGCCAACACCCAAGACCAAACCCACACCCCCUCCAGUCCCUCCACCACCACCACCACCACCACCACCACCACCACCACCGCCUCCUCCCAGCCCACCGGCGCCAUCUUCAACCGCAAAGACCUUUUCACCCAACACCUCAAACGCAUGCACACCCCCAAAGAACUCAAAGACGUCCCCCCUUCCACCACCACCACCAAAUCCACCCCCACCACCACCCCCUCCACGACAACAACCCCAAACACCCUCACCCAAUGGACCGCCCGCCUCAAGCACCUCCAAGCCACCUCCAUCCGCCCGCGCUGCCAGCUGCCCAAGUACAUGCGGUGCCCGGUCCCUCACUGCACGGCGCCGCCCUUCCGCGGCGACGGCGCCUGGAACGACCGCAUGGAGCACGUGGCUAAGCACAUGGAUCGCGCGGCGCGCGGUAGCAGUACUACCGGUGUUGGUGGGGAGGGCGGGGGUAGGGUGGUGUUUGGGGGCAAGGGGGAUCGCACGCUGGUGGAGUGGGCGAGUAGUAGGGAGGUGGCGAUUAUUAUUCCCGCGGGGGGAGGGUGGGGAUGA